GAGCUUUUUAAAAUAAAACAAAUAAAAUUUUUCUAUAAUUUGGGUGAUGAUGACCCAAAGAAUUAACUCCUGAUUUCUUGAUAUUAUCAAAUUUUAUGAUCAAUAAAACCCUUCCAUUAAUUAGCACUCUUGCAUUACUGAUGCCAUGAUUUGUGAACAUAAAAUUAACAACCACACCGGCCAUCUCUCUAAAACAGUCCUCCUUUUCCACAAAGUCGGCGUGUCGUCUCCCCCAGUUUCCACACCACACCACAACCCUAAAAGAGCAGAAAAUUGGAAACAAAAAAUGAGAAUAGUUGAAGAAGCUCACAACGUUAAAGUUCUUGGUUCAGGCGAGAAAACCCUAGUCCUCGGCCAUGGCUUUGGCACAGACCAAUCUGUCUGGAAACACCUUGUCCCUUACCUCGUCGAUGAAUAUCGUGUUGUACUUUACGACAACAUGGGUGCUGGUCCGACAAAUCCUGACUACUUCGAUUUUGAUCGAUAUGCUUCCCUUGAAGGUUAUGCCUAUGAUUUACUUGCCAUUUUGGAGGAACUUCAAAUCAAUUGUUGCAUGUAUUUAGGACAUUCGUUAUCUGCUAUGACUGGUGUUGUUGCUUCUAUUAUUCGUCCUGACCUCUUCUCCAAACUCAUCCUUGUUUCUGCUUCCCCAAGGUUCAUAAAUUCGGAUGACUACUAUGGAGGAUUCGAAUUGGAAGACAUAGAGCAACUGUGUCAAGCAAUGGAGUCGAACUAUAAGUCAUGGGUAUCCGGGUUUGCGCCACUAGUAGUGGGAGGUGACAUGGAUUCAGUGGCAGUACAAGAAUUCAGCAGGACCUUAUUCAACAUGAGACCAGACAUAGCACUCAGUGUUUUCCGCACUGUUUUCACGUUCGACCUUAGGCAUUUUCUGUCCCGUGUUACUGUGCCUUGCCAUAUCAUACAGAGCUCAAUGGACGUGGCAAUGCCUGUGAAUGUUUCUGAAUAUUUACACAGAAAUUUAGGCGGAAAGUCAACUGUGGAGAUCAUCUCAACUGAAGGUCAUCUCCCGCAUUUGAGCGCCCCUGAGGCUACUAUUCCCGUGUUGCUUCGACACAUUUCUCAUGAUAUAACUGCUGAUGCCGCUUAAAAUAUUUACAGGGUGGAUCAUGUGUAUGCUUAUUUUGUUCGCCUAGUGUUUUUGUCACUGCUGAUAUUUCAAUUUGAAACCUCAGUGUUAAUCUCAUGUCACCUUGUAAUAAUUAUAUUCUAAUUUGAUUGAUUUUUUUGUGUACAAA